AUGAGUCUGGAUCGUCAGGAAUCGGUUCGUCACGAUGAAUCGAAAAUCUCAAAGGACAAUACUUUGGCCAAGUUAACCCAAUUGCCGCCAACUUCCGCUUCAAUUAAGGAAGUAUCUUCGGGAAACAGCAGCAAACUCGUCAGUGAAAUUAAGGGCAAAAUUGCGGAACCUGUCGUGGCAGCUUUCAUUGCUGGGGGCGUGGCAGGUGCAGUAUCCAGAACCAUCGUGUCACCACUUGAACGAUUAAAAAUCCUGCUUCAAAUACAGAGUGUUGGCAGGGAAGAGUACAAGCUAUCUACAUGGAAGGCUCUUGUGAAGAUCGGCAAAGAGGAAGGGUGGAGAGGGUUUAUGCGGGGCAAUGGUACCAAUUGCAUUCGCAUAAUCCCUUACUCUGCGGUUCAAUUUGGAAGUUACAAUUUUUACAAAAGGUUUGCAGAACCAACUCCGGAUGCUGAGUUGUCACCGGUACGCCGGCUCAUUUGCGGAGGCGCUGCUGGAAUUACCUCAGUCACUAUAACUUAUCCUCUUGACAUUGUUCGGACACGCCUUUCUAUUCAAUCAGCGUCGUUCGCAGCCCUCGGUCAGCGCGAUGGCAGCGGGAAGCUACCGGGCAUGUUCAGCACUAUGGUCUUAAUAUACAAGACCGAGGGUGGUAUCUUGGCGCUCUAUCGCGGAAUCAUUCCUACCGUGGCCGGCGUCGCCCCAUAUGUUGGUUUAAAUUUCAUGACAUAUGAAUCAGUUCGAAAGUAUUUGACUCCCGACGGUGACAAGACGCCUAGUUCACUGCGUAAACUACUAGCGGGCGCUAUUUCAGGAGCAGUGGCUCAAACAUGUACUUAUCCAUUCGAUGUCCUACGGCGGCGCUUCCAGAUCAAUACAAUGUCUGGAAUGGGCUAUCAGUAUGCAUCUGUAUGGGACGCCGUGAAAGUCAUUGUUGCAGAAGAGGGAACGCGCGGUAUCGACUUGGAUCGCCACCAUGUGCGUAGCAGCCAUCGCAAGGCGCCGAAAAGCGAGAAUGUCUAUCUGCAAGUUUUGGUGAAGCUUUAUCGCUUCCUCGCCCGUCGCACGGACUCCAACUUCAACAAGGUCGUGCUGCGUCGUCUUUUCAUGUCGAGGAUCAACCGCCCACCUGUUUCUCUGUCGCGUAUCGCUUCCAACGUGACUGACGCGCACAAGGGCAAGACCAUCGUCGUCAUUGGCUCCGUCACUGACGACAACCGCCUGCUUAACGUUCCAAAGCUGUCUGUGGCUGCCCUGCGCUUUACUGCUACUGCCAGAGCCAGGAUCGAGAAGGCCGGUGGAGAGACUUUGACUCUGGAUCAACUUGCUCUCCGGGCUCCUACUGGAGCAAACACUCUGCUUCUCCGUGGACCCAAGAACGCUCGUGAGGCCGUCAAGCACUUCGGCUUUGGUCCUCACAGCCACAAGGCGAGUCUCUUUAUAUAA